AUGGAUGCUUUCGUGAAACGGCUGCCAAGGGGAGAUGCUGAGGCUCAGGGCAACGGACGCUCGCUACGGAAUGCGUCGCCAGCAGUGGAGAGACCUACCAAGCGUCUAAAGAGGGAUGAGGACACUGAAUCAGAAUCGGAAGAGCCAGUUGAACUUGCCGUCAAGUAUGAGUCGAGUAACCUUGUAUCAGCAGAGACGUUACCGGAUGAAAAAGACCAGCAUCGAGCUAAAGAGCAGGUCACUGACUUUGAGAACGCAUUGCCGCCAACUGAGGCCAGCCAAGAAGCUAUUGAAGAGUAUGAGACUCUCAAAUCUUCCCAAAACAAUGCCGGAGAAGAAAUUCCAAACAAGAAAAUAGCUCCUCUGUGGAUCAAAGGGAGGAGCUCGAUAUAUGUGGAUGCAUUCAAUCUCACACUGGAUACCGUCUUGGAAGAAGAAUCGUCCCUUUUUAGUAGCAAAGAGCUCGACAUUUUCAACCAGUGGAAGAAUCUCAACUAUGAGGCGCAGUAUUUAUAUGUUCGUCUGUUCCUCCGAAAGACGGCAGCUUGGCAUCGGUCAUCUCGCUUGGCUUAUUUCAAUGACAUCUCAGAUCAUGCCACAGCUAUUGACACACUUCAAAAACGUCGAACCCUAUUGUUGGAAGUUACAAGCAGUUCACCAGUUAAAAUUGAGCUAUCAGGUGUUGGGCCGGAAAAACUUGAUGAUAGCAAUACUUUUUCGUUCGCUGAUGCAUCUGAAGACUAUAUCGACACAAUCGAAGAAGCCGCAUCGCUUCUGUACCUUGAUGAGCUCAAGGCGAUAGCCAAAGAAGCCAAGGUCCAGGGGAAAAGUAAAAUGGAUAUGAUCAAGGCUUUAUGUCGGAUGAGCCAGCAGCAAGCCGGGCUAAUGGCUCUAGGCAUCAGUAGACAAAAUAGUGCACAUUCGAGCGGUUCUGGAACAACAGACCGUCCUGUUGAGGCGGCUGCGAAAGUAAAGAGAGAAGAUUCCAAUCGUGAACAGCACUUUCUAGCUAAAAUUCUUGCUGUCGUCGGCCCCUGUAUACGAAUAUCUCCAGCGACCUUCAAGCUCUUCGAAAGGGUUCACUUGGUGUUUUACAGAUCUACAGAAUGGACGGAGAAGUCACUGACGACAAUCAUAUUGGCAAAAAUUGCGAGGCGAAAUUUUCCCGAGUAUAUUGUCUCUCGAUCUUCAACGAUAUUUGCUUCUCGAGCUCGUUUGUUGGAAUACGAGGCCGCGAUUCGCAUGGAAGCGGAGGUUGACAGCGUUCUUGAUUCUAACGGACCACUGGAUGAAAAGGGUUCACAUCAUAUACUUGAUAUUUUUGAAAAGGUAUAUCCCCGGUGGGAUGCCCUGGUCAAAGAAGAAACCGAGAAAGAGCGCCAGUUUUACGAAUUGGGAGAGGGUGCGUACCUCAGGCGAUUCAAUCCCGCCCAUUCAUAUACUCGAAUUAUCGUGAAGGCCGCAUUCGUAUUUGGCAGGCUCAAAAAUUACCUCAAGGAGCAUGAAUUGUUGACCGAACUUUUAAACCAACGGCUUUUUCACUUAUCCCGAAGAGGCUCGUGGUACCAACGUAAGGCUCUUUUAGAGGAGCACUAUAUGCCUAGCCAUGAUCCAGAUCCCACUUCUCAUGGCUUGGAGCAGCAAAAGAAGCGAUGGCGAGCAAUAGCAGUCUCAACUUGCGAGGCUGGCCUUCAAGAUCCGGAUUGUCACCUCAUACACCACUACGACUUACAAAAACGACUAGUCAAACUAGAGAAGAAACUCCGCGUCCCUAAGCGUCUUCAGCAUGAUUUUGGGCAUGUACGGCUUGCUGACCCCUUGGAGCUAUCCGUUGAGGGAAUCCAAUUGAAGCGAAAUACCCCACCAAAGUCGGGAGGCCAGGCUCUGAGCACAAGAACCCUUUGGCUGGACGAAUCGCACUCUGGCGGUGAAUGUACCGUGGAAGAGAUGUGCUUGAGCCACUUCCAGUCACAGGGGUGGAAGGGAUACCAUGCUGAAGGGGGCAUCAUCCGCACCCUGUUUGCCUAUUUGUUCUACGACAUUCUGUUUCUUUAUAUCCCCAACGUUUUUCAGACGGCUUUCCAAACUUGCCCCUUGGACUUGCAUACAGAUGCCUUCUUCCCUGCUCGAAUUUCGGAAAUCAACCAUCGACUCGUUGAGAUUGCCAAUGGUGAGGGUGAACGGCUGCUACGUGGGGUCUGGGAAAGGGAGCACGAGCGACGAACGAGUGUGAUAGGGCUCAAUUGGGAUUUUGAAGUGGAGGACUUGCUAGAGCUAGUACGCUGCUUCGAAGGUAGCGCUUUAGCCGCUUUGUGCAAGGUGAUGGCACAGGAAUAUAAGCAACGAGGUGGAGGCAUCCCGGACCUCAUCCUCUGGAGAAUGGCGGAAAGCAACGGAGCAGAGGCUCAGAAUGACGAGCCAGGAAAGGCAAGAGGAGAGGCCAUGUUUGUAGAGGUGAAGAGUGCAAACGACAGGCUAAGCGACACGCAGCGGCUGUGGAUCCACGUUCUCACUGGUGCCGGGGUCAAAGUUGCUCUUUGCAAUGCCGUCGCAAAGGAAAUCAGAGAAAUUGGCUAG